AUGGGGGAAACAGCGGUGACCUGCAGAUGGGCAGCUUUCAGCGCUGGGCUCUCCCUAGAGAGCUGCAUCACCUCCUUAGCCCAGUACCACCAGCGCUGUGUUCCUAGGAGCCCUCCUGAUGCCGUGACGUGCUCUGCUCCCCAUCUCGAUCACUGCUGCUCGGGCAGCCCCUCACAUCCUGCCUGCCUUGGGUCUCGCCCCUCUGACACGCCAGGGUCAGCCAUUGCAGAGCCCUGUUCAGGUGCUAGCAGCAGUAGCUGGUGUCAGCCUUUCUUAGUGGCUCCAUACUUCCCACUGGCUCUCUUCUGGAGUAAGCCUGGGAGCCCUCAGUCCUUAUUAGAUCUUUCAACUCAUGCAGCUGAACUGGAGGUCACAAAACCUGGAGGGUGAAGCAAGGAAGAGAUUAACUGAAGGGCUGAGAAACACAUUAGGCAGUCUUUGAGUGAGAUCUGCACAGAGCCUGCUUCCAGGCUGUGUCUGAGCAAGUUUGUGAUGUUGCAGAAGUCUGUGCAGCUCAGAGACACCAGGAGGGACGCCAGUGUACAGGUUCUUGAGGAUGCCUACAGGGUGUUUUUCUUGAAAGGCCUGGGCAGCUGUGCUUGCCACUUCAGCCAGGUCUUACUGACCUGUGGGCACAUCCUGGCUGUGCUGAGUUCAGAGGGGAACACCCUGCAGCCAGAAAGUGCUCAGCUGGCAGUGGCAGGAGGGAUGAUGCCCAGCAGCCUGCAUGACAUGGUGCUGAUGGCCUCUUGGAGAGCCUGA